AAUGUUGGUACAACUUAGAUUGAAAACAAAGUGAUGAUGAAAAUACGUGAAAUUUAUGCUUGAUGAUAAAAAUUAAAAUAAAGAUAAAAUAGUAAAAUAAUUUAAUGAAAUGAAAGUAGUGUGCUUAGUGUUUUUAAUAGUUCUCAAUUUUUCGGUUGGAUUUGAGGAAAAUUUUAAAGAUUGUACUGAAGUUUCAAGGGCAGAGGAGCCUUUGCUUGUAUUGUCUACCUUAUCUGGAUCUUUGAUUGCAAUAGACCCAGUGACUGGUGAGACAAGAUGGACGCAAGAAGACGAACCUUCAGUAAGAGCAGACACAAAUAUUAACAACUACUCUUCGUCUGUUUACCUACCUGAUCCCGUUUCUGGAAGUUUAUAUAAAUUACAAUCAGACGGAAAUGAACUCAAAAAAUUGCCUUAUACAAUUCCUGAGCUAGUGAAUAAAUCACCUUGUAAAAGCAGUGAUGGAAUUCUCUAUUCUGGAAAAAAGUCCGACACUUGGUUCAUGAUUGAUCCUAAAACUGGAAACAGAGAAUUUGUGAUGGGAUUUGGAUCAAAACCUAAAAUUUCUGAAAGAGAGUCGAUUGGAUUUGCAACAUCGCGUGCAGUUUAUCUGGGAAGAACACAAUACACAGUGCUUAUGUAUGACAGUAUGUCAAAGGAAUCAAGUAAGCCAUGGAAUAUCACAUUCUACGACUACACUUCUCACACAAUGGAUCCUGAAAUAUCUCAAAAAUAUGAAUUUAUUCAUGUUACAAGCAGUACAUCUGGAAAAAUUGUAACAAUAGACAGAAAAACUGGAGGAUUUCUUUGGGAAAGACUUGAUAUCAAAUCACCUAUCGUGUCUGUAUUUCUUCUUAGUCGUGACGGAUUCCUAAGCGUUCCAUUUACGCCUGUUGCCGAAGAAGUUAUUGGAAAAGUUAUUGAUUACAGCAAAAGUGACGGAAAGAGUGACUUCAAAUUGUAUGAAACAGUUUUUGUUGGAGAAAGCAAGGGUGGUUUAUUUAAGAGUGAUACGCUUUAUGCAAUUCACUCUUAUGUCGAUGACAAUACGCCAACAAUAAAACAAAAUUCUAUGAAUCUCUUGGAAGGCCCGAAUGUAAAGACGAAUGAAAAUGAUAAUAAAAAGCCAGCAAAAUCGAACAAAAGAAACUACAUAAUCUUUGGUCAUUAUGACAAACCCACGAUUGAAUCAAUGUUCGAUACAAUUGAGUCACAAAAGUCUGGCGAUAAACAACUCUCAGUUGAUUCAGAUAAUAGCGUUUGGUACGUUAAAGAUACAAGCAAAUUACCAAACCAAGACAAAAUAAUAAUUCCUGAUCAUAACUCUGAAAAGAAAGCGAACAAUAAUAUUUCAGAGAAGAACAAGCAUGAGGAGAUAAUCGAAACCAAACGGAAGUACGGUUUGUUAAAAACAUUGACAGUAAAUUUCAAAAACUGGUUCGAUAAUGAAGAGAACAAAGUUUUGAAGCUUCUAAUGGUGAUUUUAAUUGGAAUUGUUAUCACAAUGUUCUGGUAUUUCCAUACGACUGUACGUCAAUUACGUGAACAAUCACAAAAUGGAUCGAAAACAUUAAUACCAAACUCAUCAGAUAGUAAAGGCAGUUACGGUGUAGAAUCACUGAAUACUGCAGGUGAAUUAAUAGAAGUUGGAAAAAUCACAUUUAAUCCACAAAAUGUCCUCGGAAAGGGAUGUGAAGGAACUUUUGUAUUCAAGGGAACAUUUGAGAAAAGAGAUGUUGCGGUAAAGAGGUUAUUGCCUGAUUGCUUUACUUUAGCCGAUCGAGAAGUUAGUUUAUUGAGAGAAUCUGAUACGCAUGAGAAUGUCGUACGAUAUUUUUGUACAGAAAGUGAUCGACAAUUUCGAUAUAUUGCUGUGGAACUUUGUGCUGCUACUCUUCAAGAUUACAUCGAAGGAAAGAACUCCAGCCAAUUAAAGCAACUAAUUAGUGUAAAAGAAGUUCUUUAUCAAGCCACAAAUGGUCUCUCACAUCUUCAUCAUUUGAAUAUCGUUCAUCGUGACAUAAAACCGGCGAAUGUUCUCAUUUCAUUACCUGAUAAGAAAAAUCGUGUCAGAGCGCUGAUAUCUGAUUUCGGACUGUGUAAAAAAAUGAACAUUGGAAAAUCUUCUUUCUCGAAACGUUCAGGAGUAACUGGCACUGAUGGUUGGAUUGCACCAGAAAUGAUCAAAGGCCAUAGAACGACAAUUGCUGUUGAUAUUUUUUCUAUGGGUUGUGUUUAUUAUUAUGUGUUAUCAAACGGUGAUCAUUUAUUUGGUGAUGCAAUCAAACGACAAGCUAAUAUCUUGUCACACGAAUUUGACAUGACUAAACUCAUGUCACAAAAGAAAAAACCUUAUGAAAAUAUUCUUGCAAAAGAACUGAUAACUGAUAUGAUUAGAAACGAAGCAUCACAACGACCAAGUUGUGAUGCUGUGUUGAAGCAUCCUUUGUUUUGGAGAGAAGAGAAAAUUUUGGGUUUUCUUCAAGAUGUCUCAGAUAGAAUUGAAAAAUUAGAUGUUUAUACAGAUCCACUGAGAACCUUAGAGAAAAAUGCAAAAGUUAUUGUUCGUGAUGAUUGGAGUCUUCAUGUUGAUGAAAGCAUAACGGAAGACUUGAGAAGAUAUCGCGGUUAUCUUGGCAUAAGUGUCCGAGAUUUGCUUAGAGCUUUAAGAAAUAAGAAGCAUCACUAUCAUGAGUUAUCAGCUGAUGCACAAAGAGUACUUGGAACAAUUCCCAGUGACUUCGUUAAAUAUUGGAUAACACUUUUUCCUUAUCUGCUAUCACACAGCUAUCAUGCAAUGGAAUUAUGUUCUAAGGAGAAUAUUUUUAAAAGAUAUUACAGUCCUUUAUAUGUUUUCACUAAGCCCGACUACAUCAAAGAUGAAAAUUAUGAUAACAUCGAACUUCGUGAUAUUUUUGAUGCAAAUUGUUUGAAUUAUAAUAAAAGUCCUAAAAAAGAAAAUCGUCAACCAGUCAACAAUAACCAAAAUAAAAUUGAAAAAUCUAAGCGAGGUUCUUACAAUUUUCUCACGCCUGCUGUAACAAAUGGUGGAGCUUCGAAUGGAGUAUUCAUAACAAGACAAGACAUGCUUGUCCCUGAGAAGUCACAAAAAGGAGCAGAAAAGCGUCGAAAAAAGACGGCAGAAGAAAAAAUCGUCUGGACGCUGCCAAACUGAAUUUUAUUUGAUAAAAUUAAAAUGAUUUUUUAUUUCGAUAUCUUUGAACAAGAAUCAAAAGCUAUAACAAUUUAAUGUUUAAACUAAAAAGUAUUCUUUUUAAACUCCUUAAUAGAUGUUAUCUUUUACAAAUUUCACUAUGAUUAAACUUAAUAAUAAUUUGUGUAAUUAUUUAGGACACAUAAAUAUUUUUUUAAAAGUGAUACACACAAAAAGACGUCAGAAAGAAGCUUGAAAAAUUAUGUAAUGAUAAUUAAUGUUUAAUUAAUAAAUUUUAUAUCU